AUGUCUCGGCGCAAGCAGGCCAAGCCCCAGCAUCUCAAGUCGGACGAGGAGCUGCCGCCGCCGGACGGGGCUCCCGAGCACGCGGCCCCCGGGGAGGGCGCCGAGGACGCGGACAGCGGCAACGAGAGCCGGAGCGGAGGCGAGGACACACACGUGUGCGAGAAGUGCUGCGCUGAGUUCUUCAAGUGGGCCGACCUGCUGGCGCACAAGGAGGCCUGCACCAAGAACCCGCUGGUGCUGAUCGUGGGCGAGGAUGAGCCCGCCCCGCCCUCCGAGGACUUCCCCGAGGCAUCCCCGUCCAGCUCGCCCAGCGAGCGCGCGGACAGUGAGGCCGCUGAGGAGGUGGUGGCCGCCGCGGCCCCGGAAGGCGGGGAGGCCGCGGAGGCAAGGGCACCUGAGCGGGAGGACGAGCCCAUGGAGGGCUCGGGCGCGGCGCACGCGGGGCAGCCGCCUCCCCCGCCAGGCCCUGAGCCGGCCCCCGGGGCGGUCUAUGGCAUGCCCAGCACCAACGUGACCCUGGAGACCCUCCUGAGCACCAAGGUGGCCGUGGCGCAGUUCUCGCAGACCUCGCGGGCCGCGGGCGCGGCGGGCCCGGGCGGCGGCGUGGCGGCCGCGGCGCUCCCGCUGAUCCUGGAGCAGCUCGUGGCCCUGCAGCAGCAGCAGGUGCAGCAGCUGCAGCUCAUCGAGCAGAUCCGCAGCCAGGUGGCCCUCAUGAGCCGCCCGCCGCCGCCCUCCCGGCCGCCGCUGCACCCUGGGCCGGCCGCGCACCCCACCCUGCCGCUCUCGGCAGGCACCGGCCCCGCGGCCACGGCGCAGGGGCCCGCCGCCCCGCCGGCGGCCUACGAGGGCCCCCAGCACCUGGCCCCGCCGGUGUCCGCAGCCAGCACCCCGCACGUCCCGGGCGGGGGCCCCUCGGCGCCGGAGCCCGGCGCCCCCACGUGCUCCGGCGCCCCUCCGGCCUCCACGGCCUCCGCCCCAGCGGCCGGCGCCUCGGGGGGCGCCUCCCGGCCGCAGAACACCCCCACGCCCCCCGCCCUGGGGCCCGGGCCGCUGCUCAGCUCCGCGCCCAGCCUGCCAAGCCCACUGCUACCUCAGACCUCCGCCAGCAGCGUCAUCUUCCCCAACCCGCUGGUCAGCAUCGCGGCGACGGCCAACGCGCUGGACCCCCUGUCGGCCCUCAUGAAGCACCGCAAGGGCAAACCCCCCAACGUGUCGGUGUUCGAGCCCAAGGCCAGCGCUGAGGACCCCUUCUUCAAGCACAAGUGCAGAUUCUGCGCCAAGGUGUUCGGGAGCGACAGCGCCCUGCAGAUCCACCUGCGCUCACACACCGGCGAGCGGCCCUUCAAGUGCAACAUCUGCGGGAACCGCUUCUCCACCAAGGGCAACCUGAAGGUGCACUUCCAGAGGCACAAAGAGAAGUACCCACACAUCCAGAUGAACCCCUAUCCAGUGCCUGAGUACCUGGACAACGUGCCCACCUGCUCCGGGAUUCCCUACGGAAUGUCGCUGCCGCCAGAGAAACCGGUCACCACCUGGCUGGACAGCAAGCCGGCGCUGCCCACUGUGCCCACCUCAGUGGGGCUGCAGCUCCCGCCCACCCUCCCAGGCAUGGGCGUCAGCAGCUAUGUGGACUCUCCCAGCCUCACCCCCGCCAACCGCUCCCCGCAGCGGCCCUCGCCCGCAUCCAGCGAGUGCCCCUCUUUGUCCCCAGGCCUGACCAGCUCCGAGGCAGGCGUCCCAGUGGCUGCAGGGUCCCCUCAGCCGGCGCCCGGUGGAUCUUCCCUGCUCAAGACCGAGCCCGUGAGCCUGCCCUGCACAAAUGCCAGGGCAGGGGACCUCCCGGCCACGACGGGGCAGGUCUCCACCACGUCUGCCCUGGCGGACAGUGGCACAUCCCCAGGCCUCUGCAGCCCAGUCCUCCCGGCUGGGGCCGAGCCAUUUAAGGCCAAGUUCCCCUUCGGAGGGCUGCUCGACUCUAUGCAAACAUCCGAAACCUCCAAGCUGCAGCAGCUGGUGGAGAACAUAGACAAGAAGAUGACAGACCCCAACCAGUGCGUCAUCUGCCACCGCGUGCUGAGCUGCCAGAGCGCCCUGAAGAUGCACUACCGGACGCACACGGGCGAGCGGCCCUUCAAGUGCAAGAUCUGCGGGCGUGCCUUCACCACCAAGGGCAACCUGAAGACGCACUUCGGCGUGCACCGCGCCAAGCCGCCCCUGCGUGUGCAGCACUCCUGCCCCAUCUGCCAGAAGAAGUUCACCAACGCCGUGGUGCUUCAGCAGCACAUCCGCAUGCACAUGGGGGGCCAGAUCCCCAACACACCACUGCCCGAGGGCUUCCAGGACGCCAUGGACGCCGCACUGCCCUACGACGACAAGGCCGCCGACGCCCUGAGCGCCUGCGAUGACGACAUGGACGACAACUCCCUGGAGGACGACGCCGAGCUGAAGGAUGCGGCCGGCGACCCGAACAAGCCGCUGCUGGCCUUCUCAGGCUCCUGCCCACCCUCCCCGCCCUCUGUCAUCUCCAGCAUCGCUGCCCUGGAGAACCAGAUGAAGAUGAUGGACUCGGUCAUGAGCUGCCCGCAGCUGACCGCCCUCAAGUCCCUGGAGAACGGGUCUGGGGAGAGUGACCGUCUGAGCAACGAUUCAUCCUCAGCUGUGGGCGAUCUGGAGAGCCGGAGUGCGGGCAGCCCGGCCCUGUCUGAGUCGUCCUCCUCCUUGCAGGCUCUGUCGCCCGGGAACAGUAACAGCGAGAGCGUGCCCUCCAAGUCCCCGGGCCUUGUUGCCCAGGAGGAGCCCCAGGAGACCCCGCUGAAGACGGAGAAGCCAGACAGCCCGCCCCCCGGCCCUGAGAACGGAGGGGCCCUGGACCUGACGGCCACCCACCCGGGCCGGCCGGCCGCCAAGGAGGAGGCCCCCUUUAGUCUGGUGUUCCUGAGCCGCGAUCGGGGUAAGUGUGCGAGCACUGUGUGUCGUGUGUGUGCCAAGCCCUUUGCUUGCAGGAGCGCCCUGGAGAUCCACCUCCGCAGCCACACCAAGGAGCGGCCGUUUGUGUGCACGGCCUGCGGGCGCGGCUGCUCCACGCUGGGUAACUUAAAGCAGCACUUACUGACCCACAGGUUGCGAGAGCUGCCUCCCCAGUUGCUUGACCCCAACUUUGCUCUAGGUCCCGGCCAGGGCACCCCGAGCCUGGGCCCUGGCUCCACGCCCACCACCAUCAAAACGGAAGUGAACGGGCACAGCAAGGCCGGCCUGCUGGCCGAGGGUCCGCUGCUGCCGGCUGCCGUCCAGGUGCCCCCCGGGCCCCCAACGGUGAUGAGCCCCGGUCUCGCGCCCAUGCUGGCCCCCCCGCCGCGCCGGACGCCGAAGCAGCACAACUGCCAGUCGUGUGGGAAGACCUUCUCCUCGGCCAGCGCCCUGCAGAUCCACGAGCGCACCCACACUGGGGAGAAGCCAUUUGGCUGCACCAUCUGCGGGAGAGCCUUCACCACCAAGGGCAACCUCAAGGUGCACAUGGGCACCCACAUGUGGAACAACGCUCCCGCCAGGCGUGGCCGCCGCCUGUCGGUGGAGAACCCCAUGGCCCUGCUGGGCGGCGAUGCCCUCAAGUUCUCAGAGAUGUUCCAGAAGGAUCUGGCCGCACGGGCCAUGAACGUGGACCCCAGCUUUUGGAACCAGUAUGCCGCUGCCAUCACCAACGGGCUGGCCAUGAAGAACAACGAGAUUUCCGUCAUCCAGAACGGAGGCCUCCCCCAGCUCCCCGUAAGUCUCGGCGGGAGUGCCCUACCCCCGCUGGGCUCCCUGGCUGCCGGGCUGGACAAGGCCCGUCCAGGCAGCAGCCCGCCCAUCGCAGGGCUGGACAAAGCCAACUCGGACGCGGGAGGUGGCCGGCCGUUCACACGGUUCAUUGAGGAUAACAAGGAGAUUGGGAUUAACUAG